AAGAGACUGGAGUGAAACGGGGAAACCUGAGAGAGAUUCCUGCUACCAGCCAAUCAUUAAUGAAAUUGUAAAGAACUUUCCAAAAGAGAGAUGGUAGGAGGUCUGACUUGGGUUCUCUGCAGACAGAAGUUUUAUGAUCUUCACAGGAUUUAACUCUGCAAAUAAAGAUCGGAGAAUUGACGUCCAUUCAACUAGUUUGUCAAGUCUUCCUUCCUCAUAUCAAGAGAAGUCUACAUGUACUUACAGACAAGGAGGACCUAGUUGACUCUGCUAUCCCAAGAGUCAUUCAGACUGUGGGACUUGCGCAUCACCAAUUUUAAUCAACCUCAGAUCCUCUCACAUUCCAAGUGUGAAGAAUGGUCUGGUAGACGGGUUAAGCAGAUCAUUUGCCAGUCAUGAUGAGUGUCCAUCAGGACAUUGCCACAUCCAUUUUGUGGCUGUGGGGGACUGCGUAUGUAGACUUCUUUGCAACAUAAGUCAGCAGGAAGUAUAAUUGGUUUUGUUCUCAACAAGGUCACAGUCCAGAGUCCCUCACGGACACUUUCCUGUUGCCUUGGGCCAGUGUGCUCCUGUAUGUAUUUGCUCCACUCCCACGCAUACCAAGAAUAUUGUUGAAAAUGAGGCAGGCUCAUGCCCAAGUCAAAGUUUUACAGCUCCAGCGUGAUAUCAGCAAUGCUGAUUUUCCACUCUGCUGUCCCUCUCAGUCAAAGAUCCGCUAACUCUACCACCGGAUCAAGACCUAGUCUCCCAGGACCACAGUCACUGCCUCCUACCCAAUCUUGUGGUCCUCCACCUGACAGCCUGGAUGCUCUGUGGUUAAUGCCCAGGAAGAGGUUUGAUCAAAGAAAAUUCAAAAUCCAGCAACUUGGUCUUCAGUGUAUACCUUUACCUGACAUUGUUGAGACUCAGCAAUCUAGAGAUGAUGCCGUAUUUGGGUGUGUGGUCCUCCAGUCCUUAUUCAGGGAUCUCUCCAAAGUUAAUAUCCUGGUACCUGGUGCUGGGCUAGGUAGAUUGGCCUGGGAAAUAGCUAUGCUCGGUUAUGCUUGCCAAGGAAAUGAAUGGAGCCUCUUUAUGCUCUUUUCUUCUAAUUUUGUACUCAACAGAUGCUCUGAAAUUAACUCUCAUAAACUUUAUCCCUGGAUUCAUCAGUUUAGCAAUAACAGGAGAUCUGCUGAUCAGAUACGACCAGUUUAUUUCCCUGAUGUUGACCCCCACAGUCUUCCUUCUGGUGCAAACUUUUCUAUGACAGCAGGGGAUUUUCAAGAAAUUUACUCAGAGUGCAAUAUGUGGGACUGCAUAGCAACCUGCUUCUUCAUAGACACAGCGCAUAAUGUCAUUGAUUACAUUGACACAAUAUGGAAAAUUCUCAAACCAGGAGGAAUAUGGAUAAAUUUAGGUCCUCUCCUUUACCACUUUGAAAACUUGGCAAAUGAACUUUCUAUAGAAUUGAGUUAUGAGGAUAUAAAAAAUGUUAUAUUACAGUACGGAUUCCAUCUAGAGGUGGAGAAAGAAUCUGUAUUGUCUACAUACACUGUGAAUGAACUAUCCAUGAUGAAAUACUACUAUGAAUGUGUAUUGUUUGUGGUUAGGAAACCAGAGUUGCAGUGUUUCAAAUAGAUUCUUCAGAAAAAAUGCUGGAGAUAAUGCUAAAAUUUAUAACACACAAUGGACUAGGUAAUGACUGGAUACAACCUCAAAUCAGUGGUGCCUUGUUUAUUCUUAA